GGGGGGAAACAGAAAUAAUAAUAAAAUAAAAUGAAGUGAAGCAAAAGGCGGGGCGAGGCAGAUUUCGAAUCAAAUACAACCGCCUGCUUCCCGGCGAUUUCGCUCUUCUUCUUCAUCAAUCUUCUCCCGCCUCCUUGACGUAUCUUUUUCACUUCCUUCUUGCAGGAAAAAUAAAGUAUUCUUAAUCCUUAUUAUUUUCAAAAUAUUACUAUUUAAUCCUUUCGCCCGCGUUUUUUCACUUCCUCGCCAUUCUUCUUCUUCCUCCUUUUCUUUCGUCGCAGAAAUCUUUCAAAUUGAUCAUAUUUAAGUUGCUAAUUAAUAAUUAUCAUUUAAACACGGAAUGCCGAAUCCAAACAACAGCAACAACAGUCCUUUGCCGUUUAAGAUUCCAUCCUCUAUGCGAGUUCCAUCUGAUGCUGGUAUUCAGUGUCGCUUCAUUGAUCUCGCUUUGGAGCAAAGUAAUGGAGAUGACAAUCAUGUUGCUACGGCAGCCAUCCUCGCAGAUGGGGAAAUGGUUCCUGAUUGUACACUUGAUCCUCAGACAUCGAGUGGGAGUAAGAUUAACCGUAGAUCAAAGGUUAAAAAAAAUCCUAAAUCAGGGACUCAAAAGCCAAAUAUAGAGUUGGUUGAUGAUCUGAAUCCAGCCACUAGUGGUAGACAAGAGAAUUCAUUAGGUUUAUUAACCAAGAAAUUUUUCAAUUUGAUCCAUGAUGCUGAGGAUGGCGUUCUUAAUCUUAACAAAGCUGCAAAACUAUUGAAGGUCAAGAAGAGGAGGAUGUAUGAUAUUACAAAUGUUUUGGAAGGAAUAGAUUUAAUGGAGAAAACUUCAAAAAACCACAUGCGUUGGAAGGGCUAUGAUGGUUGUGGCUCAAAGGAGUUGGAUGAUUAUGUUACCGGAUUGAAGUAUGAAGUUGAAAGUUUGCAUACUGAAGAUCAAAGGCUUAAUGAAUCUAUACGGGAAAAGCAAGAGCUUUUGAGGGCCCUUGAGGAAGAUGAAAAUAAGAAAAGAUAUCUUUUCAUGACAGAGGAAGAUUUCACAAGCCUUCCUUGCUUCCAGAAUCGAACACUUAUUGUAAUAAAAGCUCCUCAAGCUAGUUAUCUUGAGGUUCCUGAUCCUGAUGAGGAAGCAACUCCGGCCCCUCAGUAUAAAAUGACUGUGAGAAGCAACGCCGGCCCAGUUGAUUUGUACCUCCUGAGUCCGCACAGAAUGGAAAUAGAAGAGCUUUCUUGUAAGCAGAAGCAGCAAAAUCUAAGCAAUGACCCUGAAGCAUGGGAAUCACUGUAUUCAGAACCAUCUGGGGUUCAGAAGAUUAUUUAUUCAGAAUGCAAUAUUGACGAUGAUUAUUGGUUUCAAUCAGAUCCUGAAGUGAGCGUUACAGAUUUGUGGGGUAACUAGCAUGUAAUAGGAUUAAAAUGGAUAUGAUCUCUAAUUUUUGAGAUAGUUGAACCUUCCAUACAUUUCAAGGACCUGAGUUAUACCUAAUAAUGCUUCUGGGAGAAGGAAACUCAGAUAGUUGGUUGUUUAAGGUGUCCAAAAUGGUUCUAUAACAACCCCUUCUCUGUUAAAACUGUAAAUUCCUUAAGCUAAGUGUUCUUUCCUUUUUUUUUUUAAUGAGUACACCUAUAACUGUUUUUUUCGUCA